CCCAACUUGAGAAACAAGUUGCAGCCACAAGAACGCAUCACGAUCGAACGGGAAAAGGAGCGGCGAACGAGAUCGACGAUGGAGGCGGCCGAGCCGGCCGUGCUACCCGACGACGUCCUCGUGGAGGUCCUCCGGCGUCUGGCGCCGCACAGCGUGGCGGCGUGCCGGUGGGUCUGCAAGGCGUGGCGCGACACCAUCGACGCCCGCCUGCGCCGCCGCCUGCUUUCGCAGUCGGUACGCGGCAUCUUCAUCAACUUCACCGCGCAUUCCUUCUCGGAGUUCUUCUCCCGCCCCUCUACAGGCCCGGCGAUCUGCGGAGGGCUCGACUUCCUGCCAUGCAGGGGCGUCAGGAUCAGGGAUCACUGCGACGGCCUCGUGCUCUGCCACGAUUGGUUACGCGAGUACGUCGUCAACCCGGCCACGCGGCGGUGGGCGCGUCUGCCCCAACGCCCUCCGCCGCCAGGGCACAUGCCGGGAUUAGACCAGACCGCCUACCUCGCCUUCGAUCACGCCGCAUCGCCACACUACAAGGUGUUUCUGAUCCCAUGCUUGCCAUAUGGUGGAUUGGAAGACAACUCGUCGCUUGAAUCGGAGUGGCCUCCGGCGUCAUACGCGAUGCAUGUCUUCUCGUCGAUGACGAAGCGGUGGGAGAAGACGACGUUCCUCCGCGAGGGGGAGGCUGCAGGGAUCCUUGCCAACAUGCUUGGGGUUCGGAAAGGUAUAGGGAUCGGGAUCGGUAUCGUGCCGUCUACUGGAGAAGCGUGAUCUACAUCCAUUGCCGACACGGCUAUGUAAUGAGAAUGUCCUUGUCGAACCACAAGUACCAAGUAAUUAAACUACCAGGCAUCGAUGGAUUGAGCACCCCAACACACUACUUUGGAUUGAGCACCCCAACACACUACUUAGGGAGAACAAUGAGAGGGGUGUAUUGCGCGUUAGAUUAUCAUGGGCUUCAGCUUUGGUAUCUCGAUGAAUCUUGCAGUCAAACAGAGUGGGUGUUAGAACACUUUGUCGAUUUUAACGUAACUGCACGCCGAUUACACACAUGUCUGCAACAAACCUUGGUUAUGCAGGAUGUUAACUACCGCAAGGCUUCUUACUUGUAUGGCGAUAAACAUGCAAACCGUGAAGCACCGGUGGAGGAGAAAUAUGACUGGACUUCUGAUGAGGAUAACAUUCUUGACACUGAAGAUGAUGUUGAGGACGACUACUACACCAGCGAUUUAGAGUUUCUUGGAUUUCAUCCUUAUAAAGAGGUUGUCUUCUUGAGUUCAUUGGUGGUAAGGGGAUUGGCAUAUCACUGGAAUAGCUCUAAAUUUCAGGACUUGGGCAGUUUAUAUCCGAAACAAUACAGUAGCGUCGCCAUGGCAUUCGCGGGAAUAGAUACAUAUUUCCCAUACACGCCUUGCUGGAUGCACGAUUUUCCUGGAAACGAAUCUGAGUCUCUGCUCCAAGAUGAGCGGCUACUCACAAGAGAAUCGGAAUCGGAAGAUGAAGACGACCCCAGCUUCACCAGCAUGGAUGAGUACGAGCUGCAGAAGCUCCGUGGGCACACCAAGAGAGUCAAGGACUCUAGGGCCAAGGUUCGCCGAAGGCACCGCAUCAGGGCUCGGUAACAACCCACCUUCGCCUACAUGAUGUCCACAUCAAGCAGGCCAAGCUUGACCUUGGCAAAGCCAGCAAUGAGCUCGUCAGGAGGCUUUGCCUUCCUUCUCGAAAAGAGAAUGACUUUCCUAGAAGCAGUUUGGAAUCUCAAACUGAAGAUGAGUAUGCAUCUCAAAUAGUCUGGAAUCUAAAGUAAUAAUCGGCAGGUUCUGAAAACAUGUUGGAGCAUCAACCUGAAGAUGAGCAAGUAUCAGGCAGCGUACUCAUAUAGUCAUGUUUGCACCCCACUUGUUACUGUCGCAAUGGAUAAAAAGUUCUAGACCCUAUUCUUGUAACUUGUACUCCCUCCGUCCCACGAAGAUUAUCUGAGGUUUGUCAAAACUUGAAUGUAUCUAGAUACUAUUUAAUGUCUAAAUACAUCCAAAUUUUGACAAAUCUUACACAACCUUCAUGGAACGGAGGGAGUACAAAGAUUCAUCUCUACUGGCAAGUAAUAUGAGUAGCCAUCUCCGAUUUCAUUUUCUAUAAAAAAAAGGAUGGCUUUAUCAAUCUUAAUCUUUGGUGUUGAUGCAUCAUUGUGAUGCUAUUACUAGUAUCAUCUAUUUUUUUCACGCAAGUCCAAUAUAUG